AUGCCUCGCUUCCACCAUCUUCCGCUUCCGCCUCCCGCACACUGCUUUCGAGCGGCCGCCUCACCGGCCGUUGACUCCGGCCCCUGCUCCGAAUCAGAUUUCCAUUCUUGUAGAAGUCCUCAUAUCUCAUUGUCGGAGAAUGAGCUGAAAACCCGAAUCCAAGAGCUCGAGUCUCUUGUCGCCAACCACGUGAGCAGGCUCUCUCCCCAGCCUCAAUCCACUCCGACGGCUUCCAGUCGGGACACAACCAGCUUCUCAAUAUCGCACUCCCCCUGUGCGUUUUAUCCAGCAGCUCUCCGCUUCCAAAAGCUGUUCUUGGAUACAGACAUCCAGACCCGCCCGGAUGCUCCGUCGCCGCCUUCGAGUGACAUGAUCCCCGCCGCCGUUUGGGCCUACUUGGGGGAUCAGGCUCAGAGCGCGGUCAUCAUGUCACAGUAUUUCCAGACAAUCCACAAGUGGAUGCCAAUCAUUAGCCAAGUGCGUUUAACCUCGCUGGCUGAUUUGGAACUAGGUAACCGGCCUAGAGCAGACUUUGCUUUGUUGCUCCUUACAAUGAAGCUCAUCCAGAACGUGCCCGGAAGUUCGUCCAAUGCAGUAAGAGAUGCGCUGUACAUCUGCGCAAAGGAAUUUGCAGCUUCUCUGGAAAUAGCAGGUGUAUAUACGCUGCUAAAGCUUCAGGCUAAUCUACUCAUCUCGGUGUAUGAGAUGGGACACGGAAUAUUUCCCGCUGCCUACGUCUCAGUGGGCUGUUGUGUAACACAAGCCAUGGUCCUUGGCAUCCAUAAUCGAGAAGCUCCUCAAAUUUUGGAGCAGCCGCGCACUUGGAUAGACUGGGAAGAGAGACAGCGGGUCUGGUGGUUGGUUGUGAUUCUUGAACGAUACAUCACUUCUGUCGGAGACAACCGACCUCUCCUAUCCGCUGAUCCUAAUACAACAUCGCAUCUGCCUGUCAAUGAUGACUCUUGGGACUCUGGACAAGCCAUGUAUCCUGAGCGACUCAUCCUAUCCUCAUCCAAACAUUUGUCAGCAAGCCCAUUUGCUCGUCUUGCUCAGGCCUCUCAUCUCCAGGGAGAGGUUAUCAAGCACUGCAAUGAUGACACGCGAAGCCUAGCACUCGUCCAGAACGACGUCGAGGUGCUCAGUCAGGUCUUGUGGUCUUUCUUAGAGGUCAUCGGCAAGGACAGGUCCAGCAUGAAGCACUUCUAUAGCUCCGUAGGAGUUUGUCUGAGCGCCCUAAUGAAGCUUUGCGAUCAUCAUUCUUGCGACUCUUUCGCCAUUUACAACGACAGAGCCCUCGAUGUGACCGAAAUGGCCCUUGCUCGUGAAAUAGCUCUCCGAUGCCAAAGCAUAAUGAAGGAUUGCAUCGUCAAGGCCAUGUCAUUCAUUGAGGUCCUCGGAGAAAUGGUGCAAGAUCAAGAAUCCAUCGAAAAUCUUGCUAGCCUGUCGCCCUGGUUCUUGGAUAGCAUCUACCAGUGCCUGGCCAACGUCGUUUAUCUCAUGGCUACAACUCCAGCCGUGGAAGCCUCAGGAUACCCGUCGCAGGUUUCUUUGUGUAUGGACUUGUUGCGAAAGGCAAACCAGAGAUGGAACGUUGCAGGAGCUUACCUCGAGGCUAUCGACUUGAUAGAACAUGAACUGAAACUGGCCUAUUGGGUUCCAUCCAAGGCACGCCGUCCUGAUGCCUUUGCGCCUCUCCAGCCUAUCGGCGAUAACCUCUAUCUCUAUAAAUCCGCCGGUUAUACUUCCAAUGAGGGCCAAGGCCCCUCUCUAAUCGUUCUUUUCACCUGGCUCGGCGGAGCUACGGCUACCAGAAUCCAGAAAUAUCUCCUCAGCUACCGCACCAUCUGGCCUGCAGCAACGAUCCUCCUCGUCACUACACGGGUAUUUGAGUUUGCAGUUGCAACAUCAGGUGCUAUCCAUGCCCGCUUAGAACCGGUGCGCGAUGCUAUUCGUCGACACGUUGCCAGCAGAGUGAAAGACAGGCCUUCGAUUCUAUUCCACAUAUUCUCCAAUGGAGGACUUCAUACCGCUAUUCAGCUGACGCUUUCGUUACGGGAUGCUAAAGAGAGAGCCGGGCCGCUGGAUCUCAAACCGUAUCUCAAGGGAAUCAUCAUAGACUGCUGUCCGGGACAAACAGACUAUAUGCGCACAUACAAAGGGGCCAUAUUCUCUCUUCCACCUACAGUUUUCGGGCAGCUUUUGGGAAAGCCAUUCCUUUUUGUCGCUGUAUUUCUCUAUACAAGUUUUACACAUGCGGGUUUAGUUGCUGGCGUAAAGGAUUAUCGCCGCCAGCUCAAUGAUCCGAGAGUCUUUGGGAGCUUGGCAAGACGGCUUUACUUGUACGCCAAAGAAGAUGCAGUUGUUGGGUAUAAGGAUGUUGAGCUGCACAUAAAGGAAGCAAAGGAGAAAGGGUACGAAGUCGAUAAUGUUUGCUUCUUAAAUAGUUACCAUUGUUCGUUGCCCCGGGGGAAUGUGGAGUUGUAUUGGGAUACUAUCAGGGAUUUCUGGAAGAAAUCGAUGUUGAAGGGGGAAGAUCAAAUGCGAUGCAAGUUGUGA